GUGUUGUUCUUGGAGGACUAAUAUCCCGAAGCUUAUUUUGUGGCUGGGGGAUUUGGGACUGGAAUUUCAAAGCGGAACUCAAGUUGACUUUGUUUGUUUCCACACGAACAAAUAAUCUCGUCUAACAUUGUCACGUAGAGGAGAUGGCAGCUCUCCGGACGGCACUCCAUGGACGAUGGGUGGUUCAGGCACUCCCUUUUUCCUGUGGGUCACUGCGUUUUGCCAGUUCCUUUAAGGCAGCUGACCUCACCUUUGAACGCAACCCAUCAUGCCAUCCGAAGCCGGACCCAUCCAAAUUGGUGUUCGGCAAACAUUUCUCUGACCACAUGUUGACCAUCUACUGGUCAGAGCAAAAUGGCUGGGAGGCUCCACAGAUCAAACCUUUCCAGAACCUGUCGCUGCACCCAGCCAGCUCUGCCCUGCACUACUCCAUAGAGCUGUUUGAAGGCAUGAAGGCGUUUCGUGGGGCCGACAACCGCAUCCGCCUCUUCAGGCCCAUGCUGAACAUGGAGAGGAUGCAUCGCAGCGCAGAAAGAUGCUGCCUUCCUACAUUUGAUAAAGGUGAACUGCAGGAGUGCAUCAGAAAGCUGGUGGAGGUUGACCAGGAGUGGGUUCCUUACUCCCAGGAUGCUAGCCUCUACAUCAGACCCACCUUCAUAGGAACGGAGCCGUCCCUUGGUGUUUCUCGGGCAGGAAAAGCACUGAUCUUCGUGAUAAUUGGACCUGUGGGCCCUUACUUUGCCACCGGGUCCUUCAACCCUGUUUCCCUGCUGGCAGACCCUUCAUUUGUCCGAGCUUGGAAAGGAGGUGUGGGGGCCUAUAAGAUGGGAGGUAACUAUGGGCCCACGAUAGCAGUGCAGAGCGAGGCAGUGAAGCGAGGCUGUCAGCAGGUUCUGUGGCUGUACGGAGAUCAGGAGGAAAUCACAGAGGUCGGCACCAUGAACCUGUUCAUCUACUGGACCAACGACAAAGGAGAGAGGGAGUUGGUAACUCCUCCACUGGACGGCCUCAUUCUCCCUGGAGUGACUAGACAGUCACUGCUGGACCUGGCCAGAGGCUGGGCCGAGUUUAAAGUGACCGAACGAACGAUGAGCAUGAAGGAGCUGCUCACAGCUCUGGAUGCUGGAAGGGUCCUGGAGGUGUUUGGAGCAGGGACAGCUUGUGUGGUCUGUCCUGUCGGCAGCCUCCUGUAUAAAGGAAAGACAUAUAAUAUCCCCACCAUGAAGAAUGGUCCAGACCUGGCAAAGAGGUUCUACAAGGAGCUUACUGAUAUUCAGUACGGACGCACACCUAGUGACUGGGCACCACUGGUCGUUUAAAUGGCCCUUUUUGCACACGCCAGCUGUAUCAACAGUUAGUCACAUAAUUCCUGUGUGAACGACCAGCAGCCACCCACUAAUGCACUCCUGCUUACUCACCAACCUGAAGAAGGUGGACACUCCUCUCUGCCAGCUUUUAAAAGACUCUCCUUUUCGUGCGGACUAGCGUAGGAAUAUUGGUGAGUUGAAUGUGACGACUUUGGGAAGAAUAUUUGGGAAGCAAUAUUAUGAAAAGUAUGCAGCGGUUUAAUUUGAUAUGACCCCAAAACAAGAAAAGUAAAUGAUAACAGCCUGGAAAAAAAAUAUUGGUGAUUGAUGAAAUUAUUUAUUGCACUAGUAUUUGUGCGUCUUUCCAGCUGUGAGUGUCUUCUGCAGGUCACAGUCCAGAUGUUGCUUCCUGUAGUCACUUGCAUUCAUUCAUAGUAAUGACAGUGGUCAUAUUAACACUACAAAGAAGCAGUUUCAUCAAUAUUUCAUUCUCGCGUUAACAAAAAAAAGCACAGGCGAAUAUUAGCAAUAUGUGUCUAGAACCUAUUCUGUAAAUGCAGUAUCUCAUGUACUACAAAAGCAAAAAUGUAACUAACCUGUAGAACUUGCAACAAUCAGUGGUGUUUUUUCUCCUAAACGUGUAGCUGUUACAUGUGAGCAGUAGUCAGUGAAUGCAGCGUGCGGCUGGUUACCGUCGUGUCUCCUACUCAGUGAUGAGGGACUGUUACAGUACAGUAGUCGUCAUGGGGCCACGUCACUUUGACACUGAUGUUUGCACUGACUUUAGUUAAGGUACGUUACCUGAGCUUUUAUAGGAGGAAACGCAAGCGUUUUUAUGUUUAUUGGGUUUUGUUUGUUAAGAACACGACAGCACAACAACUGAAGAUGGAAGCUAAGACAAAGACAUGCGAGUGGACGAUGGUAUGCACACAUGCGUAGGAUGACCGAAGGGCUCAGACACAGUCACACCUGCACUAGUUACUGUGUGAUCCUUAUGAAUCAAUGUAUAGUGACAAUUGGAUUGUGUUAUAUUAGAGAUUUUUAAAUAUUUUUGUCCUUGUUGUCACAUUAGGUCAAACGUCUUCCAAAGUAAUGAGACAAUGUGAGUGGUGGCUUGCUGUUUCUUAGCUUUACGUCCUUCCUUUGCUGGUUUUCCUGUAUUUUAAUGUGUUUUAUCUUUUCCACACGUACUGUACAUCUGUUCGUUUCUUCUAAGUGCCUAACGUCAGUCUGUGCAUCUGUAGCUGCUGCUUGUUUUCGGGCGAUAGCUGGGUUCUUUCAGUUAUGUCAGAUUGGGGAUUUUUAAUGUGCUGUAAGUUUUACUUGGAUGUUAUUGUUUUUACAAUAAAUCUCAUCUGGGUCAAACAUUU